AUGCCUACAAUCCACCGUCACAAUAUCCUCAUUCAACUUACUAUUCUCGUCCUAUUUCUUGCAAAUAAUCGACCGACAAUAGCAGCAGCACCCAAGCCCGCUCCAAGGUUCACACCCGAGACGUUUUACUGUUCUUCGACUGAUAGUGAUCGGGCUGUAGGGAUUUGUGUUGAUUGGCAUGACCAAGCUGCCAAUAUCGGUAGGGCCAGCCAUAUCAACAACAACAAGAACGUCUUCAAAUGGUGUUCGACUGAAAAUAAAGAUCCGCGACGUUCGUACUGUUGUAUCCCCCGAGUGGGCUGGUGGGCCGAUGAAGGUCUAAGCGUCCAGGCACAUAACAUCAAGAGUAAUUGUAUUGAAAGGACUUAUAACUCCUGAGACUUUUUAUCCACUUGCAGUGUGGUGUAGAUCUCAUCUUGAUCCAUCUGUAUAGAUUUCUUUAGCAUCAUAAAAAUACAGCCAAUGAUCAAUCCAUAAGUUCAUCAGUCA